AUGCCUUCUAAGAAGGCAAAACGGGCAGCAAGGGGUCCUAUACCCCCAACCAAAGCGACAAAACAGACCACAGCCGCUAUCAAAAGGCUAGCUGGUAGUCAAGGCUCCCACCAAAAACUCAAAAAGCACCCAGUUGUAGCCGAAACAGGUUGGUGUAUAUCCUGUUUUCGUGUUGCCUUGCGGGAAUGGAAUGAGGCUGCUUGGAAGCAGCCUUUGAAGGUGAACUGCGUUUGGGAUGCCGUCAUGUCCAAACUAUGUCAGCGCUGUUGCCCCGUCCGGAGCAAAUGCCAAAUGGUGAGAUUCUGGGUUAACGAGGAGUACGGUUCUGGAGCGACCGAAAUUGUCGAAUUUCUUCACGACACUGAUACUAUCCAGGCUGCUGCCGUGGCUGUACUGGAUCUUUGUGCUGCCUUCGACUCCGUGGUAAAGUCCCAUGCCGAAACUCAUGCCCUAAAUGCCAGGAAGCUUGGAUUGGACAAAUCUGCCUACAUUCAGUACUGUGCCACUGAACGUAGCUUGAUGCAAAAACCGGCCCCUCUUGGUGCUCGUCCUGAUGGCACUUUGCACCCGAAAUCUGCUCAAUUUGCGCACCGUGCCCUUGAAAACCUUCGUCUUGAUCCUAACUCUGACGUCAGCUUACCCUGGUACCUUUCAGUUCUCUCUUUCCGACAAACUAUCCUGGACAUGAUUAAAGAUGAAUUUGACCACUGUGAACCUGCGAUUGCGACAUGGUAUGCAAGCAUGCUGGAGACGUUCCCUGUCCCCACCCCUGGA